AGCUGAUUGCUGAUUGGUUAGCGACCGGUGUUUUGAGUUUAUACAACGGCGCAGGCUCAGCUGUAGCGUAUUUUCAUUUCAGACUUUCUGCCGGUGUACUUUUGGAUUCUUACUUAUUUCUUUACUCGGCGUGAAGUUAUUUCAUCAUUCGGUAUACCAGCCGGCACGUUUGUGUUUUUGCCACAUUAGACAAUAGUUUUUAAAAUGGUUCGUGUCGUUAGUCAAAAUUUUAGUCCACCCAGAAGCCGACAUAGCUCUGGUGAAACGGACAGAGAUCUUGCGGAAAGAGCCAAUGCAGCCCUCUCUUCUUUAGGCCGUAAACGUUUUGAAAUUUCUGAAUACGAAUCGUCAAGUGAUUCAUUUUGGGAUUCGGAAUUGGAUGACACUCUUGUAUCUGAGGGUGGUGAAACAAGUAACGAUAUUAAUGGAAAUGAAAACGCUGAAAAAUCGGAAGUGCAAAUUAAAAGAAAAGAGCGACGACGUGAAAGAAAUAAACUUUCUGCCCAAGCGUACAGACAGAGGCGAAGAUAUCAAAAUGUUAAAGAACAGCAGCAACUCAUGCAGCUGGAAGCUGAGAACAAAAGACUGCAUAAACUUGUCGAAGCCCUAGAGAAAAAAACCGAAGAUGCAAGACAGCUUUUGCGAGGACAUUCAGUCCCCAUGCCAGAACCCAUGGGAGCUGCUGGAGGCUCGUGUCCCAUUACACCACUUAGCUAUGAAAAUAGUGUUGAGAAGACGCCUAACAAGAACACACUGAGUGCUUGUCCUGCUUAUGUGGCCCAGUUAGAUUAUAACCAUCACCCUCCUUUCAACCCUAAUUCUAUGAAAAAAUUAAACAUAGAUCCUUUUAAAAGAUUACCCGUUCCUUUAUUUUCAAAUCCAAAUCCUGUGUCUGUUAAUCCACCUAACCAGGAUAACCCCCCUGUUUUGUUAAUCCCAGGGAAUAAAAAUCAAAGUAUUGAAAAAAAUUUAAAUAGUAACGCUUUUAAAACCUUUAAGCCUUUGUCUAAGCCUUUAAUGAAUCAGGAUGGUCCAUCUCCCCUUAAUCUUUGUAGUGCCCCAACUUGUAAAGAUGAAACUAGAAUCUCUCCUUGGUGGAAUGUGAGCUCGGAAUCUGUCUUUAGCGUUAAUAUGGAAUCGUGCAAUAACAUAAAUUUCAACAAUGGACACUGCAAUGCUGCCUCUGAAGUAGGAUUUACAAAUGAUGCAAAUGGCAACAAGAACUGUGAUGAAAAGUUUAUCCUCGACCCGUCUACCAAUGCUAAUUUAGUGACUUUAAAUUUGAAUCAAACCACAGCUGAGAGUUGUUUCCAGAAGCGUCCAGAGAUAGAAAACAACCCUCGCAAGUUAAUGUCUCCAUCUCUCAAGUACAAUGUGGCCCCGGCCGAACAAGUCAUGCCUGUUUCUGUCAAGUAAAUAAGCAAAUCAUGCUUGCUACCCCGUAUUGCAAAUUUAAAGCAUGUUUGUAAAAUUAUACAAAGAUCUGAUCUCUGUUGGUUGAGAAAGCAUUUGUUAUAAAUACUACAUAAUUUGAAAUAAAUGUGUAAUUUAAAAAAAAAAGUAUAUAAAAAUUGAGCUAAAUAUUGUAAAUAUAUUUUUUAAAUUUAGCUGAGUGUACAUUUAAAUUGCAACUUUGUUUAGUCAUUUCGGAGCAAUAAACUAAAAUAAUCUACCAGCAAGUAAAUUAGAAUUAAUUAUAAACGAAAUACCUUUAGCUAUUUUAAAAAAGCCAGUGCUAGAUUUAUAAAUGGUGCUGAUCACUUUGAUAUGAAACUUUUCCCCUGAUAAUUUUUUGCACAUCUGUGAUUACCGGACAUGCUGUUAGAAUCCAGCAACUAAGUGUAGCGACCCCCUUCUGGCGCAAAAAACUAUUCCCCCUCCCCCCCUCCAAUUUAUAUUUUUGUUAAAAAGCGCUUAUCCCUCUCCCAAUUCCAAAAGGUCAGGCGCUUUUUUAACAGUCACUGUCCCUUAAUAGUUUUUAUUUUGGUGUCACACAGUUGUUGUAGAAACCAGUUAAAUAAGUCUGUAAAGCCAACUAGUAGUCUAUCUUCUUUACUUUGUGUACUUUUUAGUAAAGUCUACUGCUCCUACCUAACUACGACUUUGGUAAUGUGACAUAUUAUAUUGUUAAAUAUGUUGCUUCCUAUGCGCAACACUUGGCGUGAAUGACACUUAAUAGUAACACCAACUUAAUCUCUUUUCAAAGAAUAACUGUAGAAAUUGUCUUAGUAAAAUUUAUGUUUAACAAGCAAUACUGAAUUUGUUUGGGUAAUUUGCUGUUUUCCCCCUUAAAAGAUAUAUACGCUGUAAAAUGUUUUACCAAUAUUGCUACAAAUUAGCUAAUGUACCUUGAAUUUGUUUUUUAUAAAUUUUAAAUUACCCUUUUUUUAUAUUUUAGCAUGUAUUUUUAUAAUGUGUAAUAUGAUGCUUAUUACAUAGUCACAUUUUUAAAUUUAAAAAGUAUGAAAUAUGAAAGUAUGACAUUUUAUUGCUUUAAAUAGUACAGAAUGUGAGUGUAUUCUUUAGUUUCUUUUAUUUCUAUGCAUCCUAACAUGUGCUUGUUUAAUAACAGAUUUUAAAUACCAAUACAAACAUUUAAACUAGAUAGAUCAAUAUAACAAACUUAGGCAAUCUUACAUAUCUAAUACAUUUAGUAAGCUUCCUAUCAUCAAAAAAGUAAAUGGGAAUAUUUAAGCAAAAAUAUUUUUAAAAAAAGCUCACAAAAAUCAAUUCAAAUAAAAUGUAUUAAAUUUAUCAAAUCCUGGCAGUUAAUAUUUGUUAAAUUAUUUCAUAGCCCCUUUAGAUUUAUUUUUGGUAUCAGCUUUGUCUUCUGCUUAUCUGUUCUUGAUAAUGAGUUUAAUAUGUACUAAUGAGCUGGGUGAAAAAGUAAGGGUAAACCAUUCAACCAGGAGUUGUAAUCAACCAUACUAUGAAUUACUAUGUGUUUAACAUUUUUAACUUAAAGGCUAUUUGUUGGCUAUUUUUACAUUCAAUUUAGCUUUUUCUUUUUAAUGUUUGCUUAUUAUAAUAUUGUAAGGUUAUAGUUAAAUGGAGUUAGCUUUAAGCUUAAAUAACCUAUCUUUAAAAAUGCAUUUUUUAAAUGAGUUCAAAUUUUGCUACUGUUUUAUAUAGUUGAGCUCUAACAAAGAUUUUAAAAUGGUUUUUGCUUUGUAUAGAACUAUUUUAAAAUGUUUUGUUAAACACAUCAUUAUGUAAUGGUUACCCUUGAUUACAACCAGGCAGUAAAAAUAAAAUAUCAUUAAAGCUUAUUUUCCUGUUUAUUCUUAUUUUUUUGGAAAUAUUGCAGCAUACAAGUAAUGUAUGCAUGGUAAUUUUCUUUUAAAAUAAAUUCAAUCAUAUCCUGCACAAAAGCAAUCAUCAAUUUAUCUGAUUUGUAAUUUGCCAUAUUAAUAAUUUUUCUAAUUCUUUUUGUCAAGUAUGUUGCUUAAUAAACAGCACAUUAUCUUG